AUAAUAAUAAAUUCUUUUUUGAGACAUAACCACAACAAUUAGAAUAACAAUUCAACAAUUUGUCAGUAUUUUUCGUGCGAUUUAAUAACAAAUUUAUUUAAUGAGAAGAUGUUUAUCGUAACUAAACAGAUUGACAGUGAAAAUAUUAGUAAACUUUGUCGUACGUGUCUGAGAGAAGACGGGGAGAAAAUGGUUUGUUUAUUUGUGGGUCCAGCAGGUUCUUCACUGGCAGCAAAAUUGAGAUCUUUAUCCUGUUUAGAGGUCUGGCAAGGCGAUGGUCUUCCCGAAAAACUCUGCGACAGGUGCAUCACACGAGCAGAAUCUGCACUUUUGUUUAGAGAACAAUGCAGGGCUGCUGAUAAGGCCUUACGACAAGCCGCGACAAAGGUCUCCGGGCCGAGUAAAUACUCGCCAGUUCCUGGCAGCAAAGGAUACGAGGAAAAUCCAGGAUUUACUCCGGUGGAAACCUCUGAAAAAAGUGUAAAAUGCACCGAGUGCGAGGCAGUCCUCAUGAAUUACCAAGAACUCUGUUUCCACAAUCGUCCUCAAGCCCCAUUUGCAAACGAAUCAACCUCAAUGCAGCACAUGCACAUAGUUGAAUCAAACAAUCACUAUUUCUCCUCUGAAUCAUCAAUAAAUGAUCCAGUGAUAACGACCAACCGAAAUUUACAAGUCGCAGUAUUGGAGCCACCAAAAAACGACAGACCCGCCUGUGCACUUCAUUGCUCUCUUUGCAAUCACACAUUCCCCAACAGAAAUCAAUUAAUAAGUCACAACUUCUCUCAUAGCAAUAAUCACAUCGAUAAUUCCUGCGAUGACAGUAUCCAGAUUGGAGAAGACUCGACUGAAAUAGCAGAGAAUCUCAGUUUUCAUCAGUACCCUAGGGAUCAUGAGAAUAUUAUCAGUAUGACUUAUCCUCAAAAUUUAACAAUUCCAGAAAACCAGAGGAUUCAACCAAAAGUUAUUGACUCCCAAUCAGACAUUGAAAUCGCUACGAGCAAUCGAGUUUUGAAGUACCCAACGAUGACAGAUGAGAAAAUCCACAGCUGCUCCACUUGUGAAAAAAAAUUCUCCCAGAAAUCGAAAUUAAAGAUCCACGAAUUCCGUCACACUGGCCAGAGGCCUUACAAAUGCGACGAUUGCAAUAAAGCGUACACUUCAAAGAGUAAAUUAAAUGCACACGUGAGACUCCACACGAAGACCAAUCUCCAUGAGUGCAAAAUCUGUGAUAAAAUAUUCUCGUACCCAUCGUAUCUGAAAGAGCAUCAGAAAGUCCACAUUGUCGGUGAGAAAAAGGAGAUUAAAAUGAAAUCCAAGGGAUUCGAGUGCUCAGUCUGUUGCAAACAAUUUCGAUUGAAAAAAAAUUUAAAAGCACACCUGAGACUUCACAGCGGUGAAGGCCUGUACCACUGCGAAAUUUGCAGUAAGAUUUUCAGUCAGAAAUACAAUUUAAAGAUUCAUAUGAGAACUCACAAAGGAAUUAAAUUACACAAGUGCGAAUAUUGCGCCAAAUCGUUCACUGAAAAAGGGAAUUACACAGAGCACUUGAGGAUUCACACGAAAGUCAAGCCCUUUGAUUGUAAAAUCUGCGGUAAGAGUUUCUCUCAAUCUAGUCAUUUGAAGAGUCAUGAGGUGACGCAUGAGUCCACGAGACGACAUCAAUGCACUUUGUGUGGAAAAAGAUUUAAACUCUUGUCGCAUUUGAAACGACACGCUAAUUUACAUUCCUCCGUGAAGAGAUUCAAGUGCAAUCAGUGCGAUCAGAUGUUUUCACAGGCGUUCAGCUUGAAGAGGCAUCUCAAAAGACACUGCGAAACCUAGAAUUUAUACUUGCGAAUUUCUGCGCAAUAAAUUUUCUAACACCAUUAUUAAAUAUUUAAAACAAUGUAUUGUUUUGAAUUUCAUAUAAAAAAUUGUGGG